UGGUGAUGUCUUAAAUGAGAGUUUUGAGUUGUAAUUAAAUGGUUUCCUAAUUUUUAUAAACAAAGUGCAAGUGCUAUUAAUGAUUUUAAUAUUAUUGUCAAAUAUUUCUUUGGUUUCUGUUUUCCUGUAUGAUUUCAUACUGUAAAAAUAAGUUAGUAAAAUAAAUGUUUAUGUGUUAAAGUUUUUUAACGUGAUAUAAUGGAAGUAUCUAAUGAAAUAAAAGAAGACAUACGGAAAACACAAACAGAACUUAAAAAUGCUAUCCGAGUACAUCAGAUAUGGGUUGCGCGAUUGCAGGACGACCAAAGUAAUGCUCAUUUGAAAAAUAAAGUUUCGGAAGCCGAGAAAGAAAUCGUGGCUAUUGGUCAAGCGCAAAAGUUAGUAGUGGACAGACUUCGCAGAGAAUUAGAACUGUAUCAGCAGCGCUUAAGAGCUAGAAACAAGCAAAUCUGUCUUGAAAAUGAUAACAGAUAUGUGGCUCAACAGUUAAGAGAUCAUCAAUUACAGUAUCGUCAUAGAAAUUGCACUAUAUCACUUUUAAAGCCCUCGGUCCUUAAUGAGAUUCAAAUCAAAACUGAGAAUGUGUGUAAUGAUGUAUCUGAUUCGGACAAUGAAAAUAAAUAUGAUGCAAAAAUAAAUAAAAAUAAUGUGGCAGUUGAUAACAAGAAUUAUUAUAUGAAGAAUGUGGAACAGUUACAGAAUAUUAUGCAAGAUAGCAGAAGUCAUUUUGCCAAUGCUUUAAAUAAAGUUAAGAAAUCUUUAAUUGAAGAUAAAAUUGACAAUGAUGAUAACGAGUGGCAAGAAAACCAGUCGGAUUCUGAUUCUUCGCCAGGAAUGGAUAUUUCUCCGACACCAUCUCCCCCACCACUUCCAGAACCAGGAGAACAUAUACCUAAAGAGGUUUUUAUGAGGCUAAUUGGUUUAAUAACAUUGCACCAAAAGGAUUUAAUAGAAAAAAAACGGAAUGAACGUCGCAAGCGUUCUAUGAAUGGCAGUAAUAAGAAUGAAUUCAUCUACAGUAAUUAUGAUAUGAUACCGAAACGCAAAAAGUAUAAUCAAUAUCCAUAUCUGCAGUCACACAGCGAUCCACCGCAGACACGUUCUGCGAAAUUAAAAAAGCAACAGAAUCAGAAUAAAUCCUCCCGCGAAGGUUCUCCUUCAGGCUCCUCAUCAGAGAAUAAAGGAGGUUGGGGCAACACCAAGCCGGCAUGGGUCGCAUCUUUACCGGCGGGACUCUCAGUAGAACCGGUGUAUUCACCUACAAAGAAAGUCUGUCACGGAUGUGGAAGAAAUGACGUGCCGUCGCUGCUGGUGUGGUGCGGCUGGUGCGCGCGCUGGUGGCACACGGGCUGCGGCGCGGCGGGCCGCUGUGCGUGCGGCCGCGCGCUGCCCGAGCCCGCCGUGGACGCCGCGCGCCGCGACACCGACAUCUACCGCGAUAAACUAGCUGAAAGAAAGCGUCUGCAAGAAAAAAACAUUGAGUUAUGCGUUGAGCUCCGAAAAUUAGAAACGCGAGCUGCGACUCUUAAAGAAAAUUUAGAUGAGCAUAACGCAGAGAAACGUCAGUUACUGGCCGACCAGAUAAAGACACAGAGAAAUCUUCAGAAACUUCUGGAUUUCAUCAGUCAUUUCAAAGACACGUCCCUUAGUAUCCGAUCCACAUCAGUCAGUGACUCUGGUAGUGAAGUUAGUAGAAGUAAUGAAGAAUGAAAUGAUUAAUUAAUAAUUUAAGAGGUUUGUAAAUGUGUUUGUUGCAUAAUUUGUAUAUAAAUCGUUUUUAAUUAGUAGUAAAUUUUAUACAAAAUGUGAAUUAAGUGAUGUGAAAAAAUUAAAUAGUUGUCGCUAGUAAGAAUGAGGUUUAGGAUUUGUUGUCUAAAUUUUAUUGGUUGAUUUAAAAUAUUGUAUCCUUUAUUAAAAAUUAUUAUGGCAUUGGUGUAGUAAUGCCAGUAUGUCAAUUUUUAUGUCGUAUUUUAAAAAUUAACAAAUCGUAACAACAUUCAUCAUCGAAAGUUUUCCAGGAAAUUAAUUGUAAUUCCUUAAUUUUUUUAAACUUUUUUAUUUUUUAAAUUACAACGAUUAUAAAAUUACAU